GGUCAAGGAGUGUUGUUAGUCAACAAAUUGGUCAACACAAAAAUGAAUGUCUUAUUUGCAACGUGAGGUUUAUUUGAUCGAAUAUAAAUUCCACUAAUCCAAAGAAAGGAUAGUUGGAAGCUAAACAGCCCGCACUGCCGCUUUGUGGACAACAACUCCCAUUUUGGGGCGGAAAGACAUGUAAUUUUGUCAAUAUAUGCAUAUAUUGCCCCAAUGCAUUGUAAACAGGAAGCACAACCUCCUCAUGACCUUCUUCGACCUGAAAACGUAGCGGCAGCUCUCCCUAGCGGUUAGCAAGCAGUUAGCAGCGAAGGGAGUGGAGAGAUUGAGAAGUGAAAAGACAGGAAGGCCGUGGUACAUCGGCGUCUCCUAUACUAGAUCUGCAGUGGCUACGGCUGGGGGUAUGACAGCUUCUAGCUAUCGUCUUUGUAUGGACAUGUGUAAAUAGCUGUUUUUGAAAGGAGAUGUCUGUGUUGACCUGAUCUCCUCCUCUCUUGCAGUAGAUGUGUGCUGUGCCUUCAAGAUGAGUGUGAAGGCAUUUGAGCUGGUCCCUGCCGUGGAGCGGGAGCUCCUGAUGGGAGACAAGGCCCGCAUCAACAUUGAGUGCAUCGAGUGCUGCGGCAAGCACCUGUACGUGGGCACCAACGACUGCUUCAUACAUCACUUCCUGCUAGAGGAGCAUGCCACGACCAAGGGGAUGCUAUCCUACACCGUCCAGAAGCUGCUGUUCAAGUACCUGGGCCUGAAAAAGCCCGUGGAGGCCCUGAAGGCCGCGUCAGCGUUAGAACGCAUCAUUGUGCUCUGUGAUGCUACAGUUAGUGUUAUUGACAUGAUCACCUUAGAACCCGUGCCUUCGGGCGGGGCCAAGAUUAAGGGCGUGGCCGCGUUCUGCGUCAACGAGAACCCGGUGAACGGGGACCCGUUCUGCGUGGAGAUCGGGGUGCUCUCGGCCCGGCGGCGCACUGUACAGAUUUACAUGGUUUACGAGGACAGGGUGCAGCUGGUGAAAGAGGUCAACACGCCGGGGCAGCCGUGUGCGGUCAGUCUGGACGGUUACUUCCUGUGCCUGGCCCUCUCCACACAGUACAUGAUCCUUAACUACAGCACAGGGGCCGCGCAGGACCUGUUCCCCUAUGACAGCGAGGAGAGGAAGCCCAUAGUCAAGAGGAUCGGCAGGGAGGAGUUCCUCUUGGCUGCCCCUGGUGGCCUGGGUAUGUUUGCCAAUGCAGAGGGUAUAUCCCAGCGUGCCCCAGUGAACUGGUCAGAGAGUGUGAUGGGAGCCGCUGUGUGUUUUCCCUAUGUGGUGGCGCUAGACGAGGGCUUCGUCACCAUCCACAGUAUGCUGGACCAGCAGCUCAAACAGACCCUCUCCUUCAGAGACGGACACAUCCUACAGGACUUUGAAGGUAAGGUGGUUCUGGCCUCCACUAAGGCUGUGUACGUGCUGGUGCCCCUACCCCUGGAGAGACAGAUUCAGGAGCUGCUAGCUGGACACAGAGUGGAGGAGGCCCUGGCUCUGACUGAGGGAGUCAGGAGGAACAUUCCCAAAGACAAGUUCCAGAUAUUGCACAAAAGAAUCCUCCAGCAAGCAGGAUUCAUACAGUUUGGACAGCUUCAGUUUCUCGAAGCGAAAGAACACUUCAGGACAGGUCAGUUGGACGUCCGGGAGUUGAUCUCCCUCUACCCUCUCCUCCUCCCGGCCUCCUCCUCCUUCGCCCGCUGCCACCCGCCGCUCCACGGGUUCGCCGACCUCAACCACCUGGCGCAGGGGGACCAGGACAAGGUCCAGAGGUGCAAGAGGUUCCUCAUCACGUACCUGGGUGAGGUGCGAAGCACGGAGGGGGCUAAUGGCUGCCGGGAGGACGUGGACACGGCUCUGUUGAAGCUGUACGCUGAGCAGGACCACGAGAGUCUUCUGGACCUGCUGGCCUCCCCCAACGCCUGUUUACUGGCAGACAGCGCCCCCUGGCUAGAGAAACACCACAAGUAUUUUGCACUCGGCCUCCUCUACCAUUAUAACGGACAGGAUUCAGCUGCUCUACAGUUGUGGGUGCAGGUUGUGAAUGGGGACCUUCAGGACUCUACCAGGUCUGACCUGUAUGAGUACAUUGUGGACUUCCUGGGUUUCUGUUCCAACCCGGACCUGGUGUGGAAAUAUGCGGACUGGGCCCUGCAGAGAGACCAGACGAUAGGGGUGCAGAUCUUCACCAGGAGGCCGGUGGGUCAGGACCAGGUUAAGGAGCAGAAGGACCAGGUGAACCCAGACGACGUCAUCACGUACCUGGGGAAACACAGCCAGGCUCUGCUGCUCUACCUGGAACACCUGGUGCUGGGCCGACGGAUACAGAAAGAGAAGCUCCACACCCACCUGGCAGUGCAGUACACAGACAGAGUCCUGUCUCUCCUGUCUCAGUCCCCCCCAGUGGACCAACAGGUGUCUGUAGCCCGGGACAAACUCCAGCUCCUCCUCAGGGAGUCCAGCCUGUACCGCGUCCAACUACUACUUGGUAAGAUCCAGGAAUGUGACCAGUUGUUUCUGGAGAGAGCCACGCUCCACGGGAAACUAGAGGAGCACGAUAAGGCAUUACACAUCCUGGUGCACCAGCUAAAAGACUUCCCUGCUGCUGAGGCCUACUGCGUGUGGUGUUCCGCCUCCCGGGACCCGGCCUACCAGCAGAGCCUCUUCCACCUCCUCCUGGGGGUCUAUCUGGACCGGGACCUUCCCAGUAGUACGGUCACCGGGGAGCUGGAGAUGGCAGCGGUGGAUCUGUUAAACCGGCACGGGGAGGUGUUCGACGCUGUGCGCGUACUGGACCUGCUUCCUGAAGGCUGGUCCCUGCAGCUGCUUCGCCCGUUCCUCGGACGCGCCCUGCGGGGGAGUAUGCACGCCUGCCGCACCUCCCAGGUUGCACUGGGGCUGGCGAGGUCAGAGAACAUACAGCUGCAGCACGACAGGUUGAAGCAGAGGAGGAGCCCAGUCCUGGUAUCACAGAAGAAGGGGUGUGUUCUGUGCCACAACACCUUCAGCGAGCCGGACUGUGUGUGUCUUCCAGGAGGCGUGCCCGUACACACACACUGUGCCGCCCAGAGGGUGGUACGAGACUCGCCCACCAGGAGACAACUAGCCAAUAGCAACAACCACACAUGAAGCCCCUUGACCACCAUCACCACCCAAGCCUCGCCCAGAGCCAGUGUGAUGGGAGGAGCCUAGCAGCAGCCUGGGCUGUGAUUGGUUGUGUCUGGGUGGGGGGGGGGGUCACAUCAGAUGAUGACUAUGGGGGAUAAAAGCACAGCGGUUACCAUGGCUACCGUGGUCCAGCGUAGUGGGAGCAGCCCUGGAGCAGCUGACCACACCUCUCUACUGUGUGUGUGUGUGUGUGUGUGUGUGUGUGUGUGUGUGUGAGAGAAGGUACUUAUUCCAGUGCCACCAUUCAUAAACAACAGGGAGACUGAUGACCGACUGAGUUGUGAAUGAAGUUCUACAACAAGAACUUAACUCCACAUCCAUCCAUAAUGACUCUAAACAUUGAAGUGAAACCUACAGUCUGUCCUGAUCCAGUGCUGAACCCCUCCUCUGUUAUGUCUGUCCUGAUCCAGUGCUGAACCCCUCCUCUGUUAUGUCUGUCCUGAUCCAGUGCUGAACCCCUCCUCUGUUAUGUCCUGAUCCAGUGCUGAACCCCUCCUCUGUUAUGUCUGUCCUGGUCCAGUGCUGAACCCCUCCUCUGUUAUGUCUGUCCUGGUCUAGUGCUGAACCCCUCCUCUGUUAUGUCCUGGUCCAGUGCUGAACCCCUCCUCUGUUAUGUCCUGGUCCAGUGCUGAACCCCUCCUCUGUUAUGUCCUGGUCCAGUGCUGAACCCCUCUGUUAUGUCCCCCU